UGACAUGCAUACUUUCACAGAGGCCGGGUCUCUGCGGAUUCAAACGAUCAUUCUUACAUCUCAACAAUAACAACAGAACGAUCUCACUUCAUGAGCAAUGGCUAACGAGGGUUUUGCAAAGCCAUGGCUAGAGUUCGAAGAGGAAUUCGGAGAGCGUAUAAUUCUGGAGCCGCCUCUCUCAAAUUUGUUCCAACAAUACACACGCAUUGGGGAACUCAUGGCAGCUAAAUACGUGUUUCCUGCGCCAGAUCCUUCUGUUAAAACAGAGGACACUGCGACGGAAAAAGGGCUCAAGCUGCGGAUAUACACACCUGAAUCAUACAAAGGCGGCAGGCCGGUGUGUAUGUAUUACCAUGGUGGAGGUUGGGCCAUGGGUAACAUAGAUGGUGAGGAUCCUCUCAGCAGAGCUAUUUCGAAGGCUGGCGAUGUAGUGGUUGUUUCGGUUGAAUAUGGACUUGCGCCCCAGAAUGCACAUCCAGGAUUAAUGAACGAGUGUUACGAGGCUCUGCAAUGGGCUUUGAGGAAUUCACAGCGGCUGAACACCGCUGAGGGCAAGUUCCUCACGGCGGGCACUUCAGCCGGUGGACAGCUCGCGUUGGGAACUGCACUGAGGGCUAUAGAUGACGGACUAGCAGAGCAGCUCGUGGGUGUUGUUGCCCUUAUGCCGGCAACAGUCCAUCCCGAUGGGGUACCGGAGGAGUUGAAGGCUAAGUAUACAGCUAUGGAGGAACAUGACCUGCAUACUCUGAACACCGCAGGUGCAAUGCGGGCUUUCUGGGAUGCUUUUGGUUCGCCGCCAACCGAUUCGUAUGGUUCCCCUCUCUUGCAUUCUAGGAUCAAGGAUUUGAAGAAGGUGUACCUUGCCGUUGCAGGACACGAUACGCUGAGAGACGAUGGUUUGCUUAUGAAAGAGAAGCUUGAUAAAGCAGGUCUACCCAAUCGGCUCGACAUGUAUAAAGGCUACCCGCACUUCUUUAUGGCUUGGCCAUCUUCGAAGCUUGAUGAGCCGAGGAAGAAAUUCUUUGAUCAAAUAAUAGAAGGAGUGAAGUUUGUUCUAGGAUAG